AAAAAAAAAAAUUAAAAAUCAAAUGUCGUUAACAAAAGCAAUCAAUUAUUAUACAAAACGAUUGCUGACCCGUCGGCUAAGGUCAUCACUGGCCAACAAUACCGGCCACCGAUGCCUACACGUAUCGCCGAUUACUGCCGCCGCCGCCGCCGGCAAACAAACGGACAGCCAGCGAAAGUCGACUGGUAAUCGGAUAUCACGUGACUAUCCCGUUGUUGACCAUACAUUCGAUGCGGUGGUUGUCGGUGCCGGCGGUGCCGGACUCAGGGCUGCAUUCGGUCUCGUCGAAGAAGGUUUCAAAACGGCUGUCAUAACCAAACUGUUUCCGACCCGAUCGCAUACGGUGGCCGCCCAGGGCGGUAUCAACGCCGCAUUGGGCAAUAUGGAAUCGGACGACUGGCGCUGGCAUAUGUACGAUACGGUCAAAGGAUCGGAUUGGCUGGGCGACCAGGAUGCCAUACACUAUAUGACCCGGGAGGCACCGAAAGCAGUGGUCGAACUGGAAAACUAUGGUAUGCCGUUUUCGAGGACCAACGACGGCAAAAUCUAUCAGCGUGCAUUCGGUGGCCAAUCGUAUAAUUUCGGUAAAGGUGGCCAAGCUCAUCGAUGUUGUUGCGUAGCCGACCGUACCGGCCAUUCGCUGCUACACACUCUCUAUGGUCAGUCUCUGCGCUACGAUUGUAACUAUUUUGUCGAAUACUUCGCAUUGGAUCUCCUGAUGGAUGAAAAUAGUGGCGAAUGUGUGGGUGUUAUUGCAUUGAAUCUCGAAGACGGUUCGUUGCAUCGAUUCAGGGCCAAGAAUACAGUGUUGGCCACUGGCGGCUUAGGUCGGGCCUAUUUUUCGUGUACGUCAGCCCAUACGGUUACCGGCGACGGUACGGCUAUGGUAUGCCGGGCCGGUAUUCCCUGCCAGGACUUGGAGUUUGUCCAGUUUCAUCCGACCGGUAUCUACGGUGCCGGUUGUCUCAUUACCGAGGGUUGUCGCGGUGAGGGCGGCUUUCUGGUCAACAGCGAAGGCGAACGUUUUAUGGAACGAUACGCUCCCGUAGCCAAAGAUCUGGCCUCGCGUGAUGUAGUUUCCCGAUCGAUGACCAUCGAGAUUCGGGAGGGUCGCGGCUGUGGACCACACAAAGAUCAUGUAUAUCUACAGUUGCAUCACUUGCCAGCCGAACAAUUGGCACUGAGAUUGCCGGGUAUUUCCGAAACGGCAAUGAUAUUUGCCGGGGUUGAUGUUACCCGAGAACCGAUACCAGUAUUGCCGACUGUCCACUACAAUAUGGGCGGUGUUCCCACUAAUUUCAAGGGUCAAGUGCUGACACACGUUGAAGGCAGAGGCGAUGUCGUGAUUCCUGGUCUCUACGCUGCCGGUGAGUCGGCCUGUGCUUCCGUUCACGGAGCCAAUCGAUUGGGUGCCAACUCGUUGCUCGAUUUGGUCGUGUUUGGCCGGGCCUGUGCCCACACUAUUGCCGAAACCAACAAACCGGGCGAAUCGAUUCGGGAACUGAAAGAAUCGUCGGGCGAGCAAUCGGUGGCCAAUCUGGAUAAAGUCCGCAAUUCGAAUGGAUCGAUAUCGACGGCUGAACUACGGCUGAAGAUGCAAAAGGAUAUGCAGUCGCACGCGGCUGUCUUCAGGACAGGCGAUAGUCUGAAGGAAGGUUGCGUUAAGAUAGACGACUGUUACGCACAACUGUCCGAUAUUAAGAUUAAUGACAGAGGAUUGAUCUGGAAUAGCGAUUUGGUUGAGACACUUGAACUGCAGAACCUGAUGCUCAACGCACUGAUGGUCAUCAACGGUGCCGAACAGCGCAAGGAAAGCCGUGGCGCACACGCCCGUGAAGAUUUCAAGGACCGGGUCGAUGAAUAUGAUUAUUCAAAACCAUUGGACGGCCAACAGAAACGACCGAUCGCCGAACACUGGCGUAAACAUACACUGGCAGUUGUCGACCAGUCGACCGGUAAGGUUAAGCUAUGGUAUCGGCCGGUUAUAGAUGAAACAUUGGAUCGGGAAUGUAAUACGGUUGCACCGGCUAUUAGAUCCUACUAAUAGAGGUAUCAAUCAAUCCAUUUAGGUAUUUAUUAUUAUUAUUAUUAAA